CGAUUGUUUAUUAUCUUGUGUAUGUGUAUGUGUAUGUCUAUUGUAUAGAAUCUUCCAAUUGCUCCCUGAUGCUGUAGAUAUGGAUUUGGAAUAUUGUCAUUAUAUCACGAUGCAGUCUCAUAUUGUUUCCCUUUGUAAUUUCGUGGGAUGAAUUGUGUAUUUUUGUUUGUGUAUUGUGCUAAUUUUGUGAUUUGUCAUACUAUGGCGUUUUUUUUUUUCAUGAUGUGAACACGGAACAGUUUUGAAAUGAUACGUUUCUAAUUUCUUCUGAUAUGUUUGAACUGCCUUUUAACUUUUAGCUUCUUUGUGGACAAAAUUAUGCCUCAUUUUGGUUUACAAAGCACCGCGUGACUGAUUAUUGUUGAGUGUGUUUGGUUCCAUGUUUGGGUUGCGGUUUCUCACGUUUAUGGAGAAGCUAGUAGUUAUAUGGUUUGUGUAUCGAGGUCACGUUAUCCAUAAUUCAUGUUGAUGAUGCGAAAGCUACUCUGGGUUGGGUAGCUUCAAUUGGACACGCUUAAAUUGAGAUUUAUGACGCGUAUCCAAACAUGCACAUAGUUUCCACUUUCCAUGUUUUUUCAGCAAAAUUGACGUGGUUUAUUGCUUUGCAUUGUGUGUCCAAACACUCAUGUAAUUCGUUGUUUGAUUUAGAAGUCAACUAUUGAGAGAUGGAUCAAUCGAUUUUCUUGCCCUUGAAGAAGAAAUUUUUUCGGAAAAAGGAGGCAAUGGAUUUCUUUCUAAAGGCAGUGAAUGGGGAUGGACCUGGGUGCCCCUUUGAUGUGAAAGACAUCCAAAAGUGCCCGUUUUUAAGAAACAUCAAUGAACCUACAAAUUUCUCAUUCUCCUCAACCAAAUUCUCCAUUCCUGUGCAUGGAGCCAAGGGUCCUAUAUUUGAAGAUGGUCCUAGUUUUGACAUGGCAUUUAAGCUAUUUCAUGGGAAGGAUGGAGUCAUUCCUCUAUCUGAGAAAUCUGACUUUCACAAUGGCAGCACAGAAGCUGAUUCUCUUCCCGUUUUCAACCCUUUAGCAGGAAGAGCUGCUACCAUAAGUUUGUCAAACUUUGGACUAGGUGGCCCAUUUAGUUUCGGGAACUUUUCUGAGAAAUGGAAGAAGCAGAAGAAUUCCGAAUCAUCAAAUAAAAAGAAACAGUCACCUCAGAACGGAGAUGUAUCAAAGCAUGAGGCACUUGGAAAUGAAUGGUUGGCAAACGGAAAUUGCCCGAUUGCCAAGUCUUAUAGAGCUGUAAACAAUGUUCUGCCCCUUGUUGCAACAGCUCUUCGGCCACCUAGUGGAAUGAAGUUUCGAUGUCCUCCUGCAGUUGUUGCCGCAAGGGCUGCUCUUGCCCGUACAGCCUUCGUGAAAAACUUGCGCCCUCAGCCUCUCCCUGCAAAAAUGCUUGUUAUUGCAGCGCUGGGCAUGGCGGUUAAUGUGCCCUUUGGCAUGUGGAAGGAACAUACCAAAAAAUUCUCAUUAUCUUGGUUUGUAGCCGUACAUGCUGCUGUACCCUUUAUUGCCAUGCUUCGUAAGUCAGUGGUGAUGCCUAAAUCAGCAAUGGCAUUGACGAUUGCAGCUUCUAUCAUCGGCCAGAUUAUAGGCUCAAGAGCUGAGCGUAUCCGACUGAAAACAAUAGCUGCUGAGUUGGGAAAAGUGAAAACAGAGACAGUAUGCAGCAUUGCAAGCUAUAAUCCCAUUCAGCUGGGUGAUAUUAGGGCCAAUCACUGUGGUGCUGAAGGAAUGGUCCUCAAGUCACUUCCUGUGAAGGAUACUGAUUCAGCUUCAACUGCCAGCGUCUAUUGAUCCACAAAGAUGGGAAAGAAAUCAAUUCGAGUUCUAUUUUGAAACAAUAUUGAUUAAAUGAAAUCGUAUUAAAAUUGAUGAAUAUAAAUAAAAGCUUCGUGAAUUAUGUAUAACAUAAACAGAAAUUGAGACGUGCAGGAAAGUAUCUGGACAAUUGAUCACUGAAUUCAGAUAAAAUUUCAGUU